UUAUCUUCAAGUCGUCUUUUACCCAGAGCAGAAAUUCAUCCUGGAAAUGAUAAAUUCGGCUGGAGAAGAAAGUGUGGAUUUGGUGUAGAGUGGAGAGAUACUAGAUAGAGUCGCAGAAAAGGGUGGGGGGAUGGGGGCCAGUAGAAGUAGUGAUCCAAAUCAGGACGGGUCGGACGAGCAGCAGAAAAGAUCGGAGAUCUACACAUACGAGGCGCCGUGGCACAUCUACGCCAUGAACUGGAGCGUCCGUCGGGACAAGAAGUACCGGCUGGCCAUCGCGAGCCUGCUGGAGCAGUACCCGAACCGAGUGGAGAUUGUGCAGCUGGACGACUCCAACGGAGAGAUCCGGUCCGACCCUAAUCUGUCGUUCGAGCACCCUUACCCGCCGACCAAGACCAUAUUCAUCCCCGACAAGGAGUGCCAGAAGCCAGACCUGCUGGCCACAUCGAGCGAUUUCCUCCGCGUGUGGAGCAUCUCCGAAGACUCCUCCGUCGUGGAGCUCAAGUCGGUCCUCAACGGCAACAAGAACUCCGAGUUCUGCGGGCCCCUCACCUCCUUCGAUUGGAACGAGGCGGAGCCCAAACGCAUCGGCACCUCCUCCAUCGACACCACCUGCACCAUCUGGGACAUCGAGCGUGAGGCCGUUGACACCCAGCUCAUCGCCCACGAUAGGGAGGUCUACGACAUCGCCUGGGGCGGUGUCGGUGUCUUCGCCUCCGUCUCCGCCGACGGCUCCGUCAGAGUGUUCGACCUCCGUGACAAGGAGCACUCCACCAUCAUCUACGAGAGCUCCGAGCCCGACACCCCCUUGGUCCGUCUGGGAUGGAACAAGCAGGACCCCAGGUACAUGGCCACCAUCAUCAUGGAUACCGCCAAGGUCGUCGUCCUCGACAUCCGCUUCCCUACGCUUCCCGUCGUCGAGUUGCAGAGGCACCAGGCCAGCGUCAACGCCGUUGCUUGGGCCCCACACAGCUCUUGCCACAUCUGCACUGCCGGCGAUGACUCCCAGGCCCUCAUCUGGGACCUCUCCUCCAUGGGCCAGCCCGUCGAGGGUGGCCUCGAUCCCAUUCUGGCCUACACUGCUGGGGCCGAGAUUGAGCAGCUGCAGUGGUCUUCUUCUCAGCCCGAUUGGGUUGCCAUUGCUUUCUCCACCAAGCUUCAGAUACUCAGGGCAAAUGGAAAGGGCUUUGCAGAAUUCUCAGGUCUCCGCAACUCAUCUGCAGCUUCGCUUUCUUUUGGGAGGAGGACCUCAGACGACUUCUUUUCAGUCAUUGCGUUCCAAACCUCUCCUGCCGGAGCUAAUGGCGGAUACAAAAGAGGAAUAACGGAGGCGAAGCUGAAGGUGGCUAUAAAUGGGUUUGGAAGAAUUGGAAGGAACUUCUUGAGGUGCUGGCAUGGGCGCAAGGACUCACCUCUUGAUGUGAUUGCCAUCAACGACACUGGAGGCGUGAAGCAGGCGUCUCACCUCCUCAAGUACGACUCUACACUUGGAAUCUUCGACGCUGAGGUGAAGCCAGUUGGUGAUGAUGGCAUCUCUGUUGACGGCAAGGUCAUCAAGGUUGUGUCCAGCCGCAAUCCCCUCAACCUACCAUGGAAGGACUUGGGAAUCGACCUGGUGAUUGAAGGCACCGGUGUGUUUGUUGAUAGGGAGGGUGCCGGGAAACAUAUAGAGGCGGGGGCCAAGAAGGUGCUCAUCACUGCCCCCGGAAAGGGUGACAUCCCUACCUAUGUGGUCGGGGUGAAUGCUGAACUCUACAGUCAUGAUGAUACCAUCAUCAGCAAUGCUUCUUGCACCACCAACUGCCUUGCCCCCUUCGUCAAGGUUCUUGACCAGAAGUUUGGCAUCAUCAAGGGCACCAUGACUACCACACACUCCUAUACUGGUGACCAGAGGCUGCUUGAUGCCAGCCACCGUGACCUCAGGCGUGCACGAGCUGCUGCUCUCAACAUAGUUCCCACUUCGACCGGUGCAGCAAAGGCCGUUGCUCUCGUCCUUCCAUCUCUCAAAGGAAAGCUAAAUGGCAUUGCCUUGCGUGUGCCCACCCCCAAUGUCUCCGUCGUCGACCUUGUUGUGCAAGUCAGUAAGAAGACCUUUGCAGAGGAGGUCAAUGCUGCAUUCAGAGAGAGUGCUGAUAAGGAGCUGGCAGGUAUCCUUUCUGUUUGUGAUGAGCCCCUCGUCUCUGUGGACUUCAGGUGCUCAGAUGUAUCGUCAACAGUGGACUCCUCAUUGACUAUGGUUAUGGGAGAUGACAUGGUUAAGGUCAUUGCUUGGUACGAUAACGAAUGGGGUUACUCACAGAGGGUUGUUGACUUGGCUGAUAUUGUCGCCAACAACUGGAAGUGAUCAUCUUCCCCUAUCUAUGAAGUAGCUAGCGCCUCGCAAUCAAGUUGUCAUCUCUUGUUCCUAAGUGAUCCAUCCAUGCAUGUUUUUAGUUUUCCCCUAAUUCUACGUUUCUUCCUGCCCUGCGCCCCUUUUCAUUAUUAAUUCCUCUCUUCUUUUUGUUUAUUUUCAAAUUCAUAAUGAGAAAUAAUGUUGCAACA